UAUAUAUAUGUAUCAGGUUGGAAGCUAAGACUGCAAGUCUGCAAGAGCGUCAUUAACCCCCUUCAUCUGAGAUAUUCAUAUUCAUAUAUAAUCACAUCUCUUCUGGAACCCAAUCCUUCAAAAGCUUUCAGGGCGGGAAUUGAAAUGGCAUCUGCACAGACACUGGAAAGCAUGUUGGUUUGCAGAAAAGCAGAGCAGCAAGAGAAGAAGGCGAAGGCGGCAUGUGCAGAUGAGCAAUCUGCAUUGAAAUGCCCAAGGUGCGAUUCCACCAACACAAAGUUCUGCUACUACAACAACUACAGCCUAUCUCAGCCCAGGUACUUCUGCAAGUCCUGCUUCCGCUACUGGACCAUAGGCGGCACCCUCCGCACCGUGCCCGUCGGCGGAGGCUGCCGGAGAAAGAAGAGAUCGUCUUCCCGGGCGGCUCGAACUAACCAAGACCCAUUAUUGUCUUCACUCACCUCUAGGCUCUAGCCCCAUUCAUCACCCGCCAUUGAUGAUGCCCUCCCUCACCACCCAGCUGCCUUAUGUAUGACAGGCCAAUCAUCUUUAACAACAACGUUAACCCCAAUGAUACUAUUUUGUUUGU